CAUAUUCUCAGUGACGGUGAGGAUUUAAUCUGACAGCCUUUUACUUUGGUGUUUUUGCUAGUACUCCAAAGGCAACUGUUAACCGGGAGAGCCAGAUAUUUCACAGCUUUACUCAGCUUGUGUCAUAUUUGGUGGCAAGGUCGAUGGCCCACUUUUGUUUCUACUAUUGCUAUCCACCGUGACGAUCGACACACUCCUCUGAUCAAAGAUAUGUGUGCUCUCACGCCUGUUGUCUGCACGAAAUAGCAAGAAGGCCUGUCGGACUCCAUGUCUCCCUAUGGCUCCACUGAAGGCAGCAGGGAGCAUGACCAUCAGAGUCACAGUCAUGGCAACAACAAUAGCAACCAUCUGUUUCCCACGACUGAGGCAGGUCAUUGGGUCAACGCUGAUCAGGAAGAGGAGGCCAUUCGCAGGAAGUUAAAAUACUUCUUCAUGAGCCCGUGUGACAAAUAUCACGCCAAGGGCCGUAAGCCUUACAAGCUGAUCCUGCAGCUGCUAAAGAUCAUUAUUGUCACAGCGCAGUUAGUGCUGUUUGGCCUCAGUAACCAGGUCGUGGUGACCUUUAAGGAGGAAAACACUAUGACCUUCAAGCACCUCUUUCUCAAAGACUAUGACGAGUCAUCAGACGAUUCCUACGCUGUUUAUAAGCAGAUCGACGUCUACGACCAGAUCUUUUACACUGUUAAGCAGUACCUGUCCUUACCAGAGACCACAGUGGGACGCUAUGCAUACGUGUACGAUGUUGGUUACAACGGCAGUGCGCUCUCCCUCUGCCAGCACUACUACAAGAAGGGAAGCAUCGACCCAGCCAAUGACACGUUCAGUAUAGACCCUCACAUCAAAACAGAUUGUGUAGGUGUAGACCCGCUGGCCACACCUACAGGUCUGCUCUCCACCAACUACAGGAACUUUACGCUCAAGUUCCACAAGCUUAUUAACGUCACUAUAGAGUUCCAGUUGAAGGCCAUCAAUAUACAGACCAUCAUAUAUAAUGAGAUCCCAGACUGCUACACUUUUUACAUAAGAAUAGUCCUUGACAAUAAGGCUCACAGCGGCAAGGUGAAGAUCCGGUUAGAAAACAAGGCAUCUAUAAAGGAGUGUAAAGACCCGAGCGUCUCUGGACACGCUGAGAACUACACACGUGUAGCGUUUGAUGUCGCUGUGGCUCUGGUGUGUAUGCUGUCACUGCUGCUGUGUGGACGAUCCAUACUGCGAGGCAUCAUACUACAGCAGGAGUUUGUGCAUUUCUUCAGGGAGACUCUGGAUCGUAAAGUGUGCUGUGCAGAUCGGCUGGAGUUCAUUAACGGAUGGUAUAUCCUCCUCAUCGUCAGCGACAUCCUCACCAUCACUGGCAGCAUCAUCAAAAUCGGCAUUGAGUCUAAGACUAUGUCCUCAUACGACUUGUGUGGCAUCCUGUUGGGAAUCUCCACACUCUUGGUGUGGGUCGGAGUUAUUCGGUACCUCACAUUCUUCCAGAAGUACAAUAUCCUGAUCGUGACACUUAGAGCAGCGUUCCCCAAUGUGAUCCGGUUCUGCUGCUGUGUGGCCGUCAUCUAUCUGGGCUACUGCUUCUGUGGCUGGAUUGUCCUGGGACCGUACCACGUCAAGUUCCGCUCUCUGUCCAUGGUGUCAGAGUGCCUCUUCUCCCUCAUUAACGGGGACGACAUGUUCGUGACCUUCUCGGAGAUGCAGGAGAGCAGCACCCUGGUAUGGCUGUUUAGCCAAGUCUACCUGUACACCUUCAUUUCCCUCUUCAUCUACAUGGUGCUGUCGCUGUUUAUCGCUCUCAUCACAGGAGCCUACGAGACCAUCAAGCACCAAACCCAAGGACCUAUCCACAUCACAGACCUCCAGGCCUUCAUAGCAGAGUGUACGGACGCACCAAACUCAGGGAAGUUCAGAGGUCUGGAGACCUCACCAUGCUCUUUCUUCUGCUGCUGUGACAGAACGACGUCAUACGAAGAUGUCCUGCUUGUGAACUGAAGUUGAACUGGGCGACCUCAGAAGCUUCACUACACCCCCCCUGCUGACCACAGGAAGACACUGCACACUCCUGACGCUUAAUGCCUCUGUACCAACAUGCCGUGCAUCUGGGUCAAACCUCAUCACUCAUCUGAAGCAUGAGCUGGACCAACGUUCUGUAGAAGGAAGUUGUUACUCCUGUCUUUUGUGUCCAUGAAGAAGAAACUGGGGGCUGAUGACGGACAGGACCUUGCUUCUGUACGGACAGGCAUCACAGAUGACUGAAGCACAGAGAAUGAUGUGUUCCUCGUUGGUUUAAAAAAAAGAGUACCGUUUUUAUUCCAAUGUAUUUAAUGAGGCACAAUUUACUGAGUGGUUACAGGUGCCAUGAUGAAGACUGAAGUAGUACAUACAUGGUGCUGACUGUUUUUAUUUUGUGUUUUUGUUUUUACAGUAUUUCAUAAGUUGUACCUCCUUGAAGACAGAUUUCUUAUACAUAUCACAAAACACAGCAAACAUCCUAUCUCAUUUUCAUACCCCCAAUUACUCCAAUACCAUAAUAUCCCUCGCAUAUUAUACAAACUCUUUGCUCUAGAAACUACUUGGCAGAAGAUAAAAUAGGACAAGUAAAUUCAUACAAAGAUCGGAGGGCACUAGGAGAGUGCUGACCUCUGCCAAAGCUGUUUCCAUAAGUGAAGAAUAAUGCAUGUGUGUGUGCCAUGAUAUGGAUCCACUCCAAAAUGAAAUGUGUUCUUACUUAGCCCAUGCUUAACUAUGUCUCGGGGUUAAAAAAGAAAACUACUGGCACGAUUUUUUAUAAACUUGGUCCAUUAGAUUUUUAUUUCUUUUUAGACAAACAAAUCAAUCAUAAAAAUAUGGGUACCAACUUUGCAUGGGUCAUUUGGUAAAUUCACCUUGUCAUUUUUUAGAGAAGCCAGAAAAAUAUGGUAAAACGGGACCACAAGCAGAUGUAUACUGUGAGGUUUCGGAUGUGGGAUUGAUUUGUUUUCUGUUCCCUGAGCCGCACCUUCUGUAUAGAGUUUCAAACACUUUGAUUUGUAGUUCUACUGCACAAGCGUCACGUUGCCUUCAAAUGUGGAUACUACUAUUACUGCUUUUGUUGUACAGCUUGUGUGAUGUAUUGCACUCAUCUGAGCAUUCAUCAUUAUUAUGUUUAUGAUGAAGCACUCAGCAUUGCCUUUGAUUAUCUACAACAAGGGUAGCUCUCAUGGGCAUGUUUUCUUUAAUGAUGCCUUACUUCAUUCAUUGUAAGGUUAAACAUGUUAGUCCUAACCUUAAAUUCUAUACUGAUUGUAGUCUACAAAUUGUAUCCGUUUUAAGAGAAAAAUUACUUGAAUCAUCAGUCAAAGUGGAGCUGAGGUUAGGCUGGAUAACAAGCAGGCAACUGAAUGAUAACAGGAACAUAAUUGUACUUCUGUAAUAAUGCCCUGUCAUACUGAAUCAUCUUUUUCAGUCUGGUUGUUGCCUUCAUAAUGAUGUCUUGUCGAAAGCAGUUGUCCAGUGACUUCAUCUCUAGUAGAGAGUAGAGCCUUGAUUUUUUUUUAUACCUCAUAAAGCGCACAAAAUGAGUCUCAAACUCUCGAUUCUUAAAGGUUUUUGAGAAAAAUAGUUAUUGUAUAAUUUCUAAGAGAGAUUAUCUCUGGUUCAAGCAGUAACAGGUUAAACAACAGUAUUUUUUCGGGACUCUUAUAUUCAACAUAAUAAAUAAGCAAUGUCCUAUUUAAGCUAAAUAUUCUGAUGGAAUUUGGAUUUAGAUGGAACGUGUACUAAAUCUACCAAUAGCCUUCACUUUAAAUGAUAUGUCAGGCAUGUAUACAUUAUCUAAAAUGACCUAGAUGUUCCUUUCCUACAGUUUGAUGUUUUUUUUACAUAAAAUCAGGACUUUAACUGUACAACAUUAGAGACACUAGAUGCCUGGAAAUUAUCUACUGGAUCAUCUUUGAUAAUAAAACCUUGUUUUGUUUCACUUUU